AUGGCAUCCGCCAGACAAGCGCGGUCGAUGCGAGAACGACAACAACGCUAUGAAAGGACAGACAGAGAUGAUAUCACCACAGCAGAUGACAGUGACUCUUUUAUUCGUCUGAAUAUUGGCGGGAAAUCUUACUGCAUACGUAAAGACCUGCAUACGGAAGAAAGGACACUGAUGCAUGACAUCGUUGAGUCAACACAUGAACAAAGGCUGACUUUAGUGGACGGAUGUGACCCAAUUACUGGAGAAUAUUACCUCGAAAGAAACUCAAGGAUAGCUGAUCACAUUAUGGAUUUUUUCGCAACAGGCAGCCUUCACAAACCUCAAAACAUGUGCAUUGAGAAAUUCAAGGAGGAACUGGCGUACUGGCGGAUAAGCCACGACCACCUGUCUACCUGUUGUGCUUUCCCCAGAGAUCUAUCGCUGGCUAGGUCUCACCUACAACAUUCGUCCACUUUCGACGACUGCGAAACGGAUUUCGAUGGGGCUUACUUGUACUCUUUUCGUCUCUCCACAUGGCGUUUCCUCGAAGACCCUCAAUCUUCCACGUCGGCGGCGAUAUUUGCCAUAUUAUCAGUGCUCUUUGUAUUCGCCAGCGUAUUCGGUUUGAUACUCGGCUCGAUGCCGGAACUUCAAGAAGAUCCGAGCAAUGCAUCGGCUUACCAUUCCAUGCAUGCAAAAACUAGCGAGCUCGAGAAAUUGAAGAAGUUUCCUUCGUCAGUCGCGAAAAAUGAAGAGUUCCCCAACUUCGUCUAUCGACCAACUGACAAUCCUACGUUCGCAUUGGUUGUUGUGGAAUACGUGUGUAUAGGGUGGUUCACCUUCGAAUACUUCAUCAGAUUGCUAAUCUAUCCCAAACGAGGAGAAUUUGUCAGGAAAACGUUGAAUAUAAUCGACAUGUUGACGAUACUUCCGUUUUACUUGGAGUUGUGCCUACCUUUAGUUGGUAUUCACUCUCACUUCAAAGAGUUCACAGGAGCGAUGUUGGUUGUUCGAGUGCUUCGUGUUCUUAGAAUGGCACGUGUCUUCAAAUUAGCACGGUACAGCAGUAGUCUACAGACGUUCGGACAGACGCUCAAAUCGUCAAUAACAGAAUUAAGCAUGCUGAGCAUGUUCUUACUCACGGGUAUCAUAUUCUUCUCUACAAUCAUGUACUACUUAGAAAAGGACGAACCUCAUUCCGAUUUCUACUCCAUACCAGCUGCAUGCUGGUGGUGUGUUGUCACAAUGGCAACGGUUGGCUAUGGAGAUGCGAAGCCAGUCACUGCAUUUGGUAAACUGGUGGCCACCGCGACGUCCAUAUGCGGUAUCAUCGUGCUUGCUUUCCCGAUCUCUAUGAUUGUUGAGAAAUUUGCAACAGCACAACAAAAAGCUAUCGAGUACGAACAAAUCAAUCAAGCUCAAUUAUCCGCUGUCGCCAACAACUACCUCUUGAGGAGAUUCCCGACGAGACGGCGGAAUCGAAGAGAACGAGCUAAUGGUACAACGUCUACUCCGUUCAUCAAAACCGUUGCCUAG